GAACAAGAAGAGUUUAUCUUCACUCACUGUGUUGACUGCUGGACAGGAGAAGCUGAGGAUAAACCUUUUUGGAAGAAAAAAUGGCUGCCCAAACAUCCAAGGUUGUGCUGUCACUGGACGCUAAAGAUGUGAACUCAAUCAAAGAUGGCGUGAACUUCAAGAAAAACCCCCAUGAUGGGAAAUGUUACAUCAUAUUCAAGAGCAGUGAUGGCUUCAAAGCAUGCAAAAAUCAGUGCAAACAUCAAGGGGGGCUGUUUAUCAAGGACAUAGAAGACCUGAAUGGCAGGACAGUUAAAUGCACCAAGCAUAACUGGAAAUUAAACGUCUCAUCAAUGAAAUAUGUCAACCCGCCUGACAGCUUCCUUCAGGAGGAACUUGAGGUUGAACUCUUAGAUGAUGGAGGGAUGCAGCUAGUGGAGCUGAACCCCAUUGAUCCGUGGCUGACUGAUCCCAGAGAGUGUCAGGAGCUUCAGCCAGGAGAAGUAAAAAUAACAUAUUUCACCCACGCCUGCAUGGAGCUGCAAUUUGGACAGAAGCGCUUCCUGUUCGAUCCAUGGCUUAGGGGCCCUGCCUUUGCCCGAGGCUGGUGGCUUCUUCACGAGCCCCCGGCAGACUGCCUGGAUAGACUCUGUGCAGCCGAUCUCAUCUACAUCAGCCACUUGCACUCUGACCACCUGAGUUACCCCACUCUGAAGGUGCUGUCAGAGAGAAGGCCCGAUAUUCCCAUAUAUGUCGGUGACACAUCAAGACCAGUUUUUUGGUAUUUGGAGCAAAGCAAAGUCAAGCUGACCAAUAUCAAAGUUACUCCGUUUGGCAUUUGGCAAAACGUUGGUGAAAACCUGAGGUUCAUGAUUCUGAUGGAUGGUGUCCAUCCUGAAAUGGACACCUGCAUUAUUGUUGAAUACAAGGGUCACAUGAUCUUGAACACGGUGGACUGCACCAGGCCAAAUGGUGGCAAACUACCAGAGAAUGUGGAUCUGAUGAUGAGUGACUUUGCUGGUGGUGCAUCUGGAUUCCCCAUGACAUUUCAAGGGGGGAAAUAUACUGACUCUUGGAAGGCAGAGUUCAUCAAAACUGAAAGGAAGAAAUUAUUGAACUACAAAGCUACACUGGUCAAAUCUCUGCUGCCAAGGAUCUACUGUCCCUUUGCUGGAUAUUUUGUAGAAGCUCACCCAUCUGACAAGUCCAUUAGAGAUACAAACACCAAAAACAAAGCAGAAGACCUCAAUGCACUUAUCAAUAAGCUUGCACCAGAAAUAAAAACGUGGACACCCAAGCCUGGCGCCGUGCUGGACCUUGGCCUUGCACUGAAAGACCCCACAAGCAGUGAGGCCAUCAUUGAUCCUCCAGCAAAUACCAAAAUCUACAAGGACAGCUGGGAGUUUGACUUGUAUGUCAAUGAGCUGAACAGCGCUAUCAGCAGUGAGAUAUUCAAACAUCAGAGCUGGAUCCAGUUUUAUUAUACAUGGGCAGGAUUUCAAAACUACAACCUGGUGGUUCGGAUGAUUGAAACAGAUGAGAGCUUUAAACCACUGAACAACGGCUAUGACUACCUGGUGGACUUUCUGGAUUUGACAUUUCCUUCCACAAGGCCUGACAGAGAGCACUCCUACAUUGAGAUUAAAAACAGAAUUGGUGUGAUGAGGUAUGUGGUGCUACAUGGAUGUCUCUGGGAUGACCUCUACAUUGGCUUUCAGAACCGCAUCAGCAGAGAUCCUGAUGUUUACCACCACAAGUUUUGGAACCACUUCCAGACCCAGUUACCGCUUCGCUGCCCAGACUGGGGCGCGUUUCUGCAGCAGGCCCCCCCGAUUCAGGAAACAUUUGCAUCUGCAUAUGAAGGCUUAAUGAACUAUUGCUCUGUUUUAUAGAUCUGGAAAUAGGGGAACAUGAAGAUAAAGUUGAAGAGGUUCUGGUUUAAAUUAUUGUAUUAAAUUCUACGGAGUACAGGAUGAAUUACAAUUUUGAAAUUAUGAAUCCAAUGCACUAAAUGAAAGAAAUUUAUUUGACUACAUUGGUGGGUGCUGUUAUUCAGGGAAAGAAAACUGUUAAGUCUGAAGGUAGUUGAAUGUAUUUUUAAUGUUUACAAGGGGUUAAACUGUAUAUGGAAGUUAUCUUCAGUAUCUACUCUGGUGUUUUUUUUCUUCUAUUUUCUUGAACUGUUUAUGCAUAGUUUCUUAUCCAAAUGAGGGUAAUUCAGUAAAUCAGUUAUAGAGCAAGGUCACAUAUGAUGACUACUGCCAUUCAAAGAGAGCAAGUGCAAGAGAACAAGUGUUCAAGUGGCCUUAGAAUGGCAUGAUUGACAAUUUGAAAUUGCUUUACAAGAAUGAAACUGUAAAAUAGAGUGAAAAUACAAGCAGAAUAAAAGCAAGUAAUG